AUAAAUGGGGCUCAACCUUAGCUGUUUAACUCAAACAGUUUUCGAUUUGCUUCUUAAAGCUUUUUGCUCUGAAAUCUCAAUAACAUUGCCUUAGCACAGGCCUCAGACACCGAACACCGAAGACGCGUUUCAAUGGCGGCCAAAAUUUACGUCGUGUACUAUUCCAUGUAUGGACAUGUGGAGAAGCUAGCUGAAGAGAUUACAAAAGGUGCUUCAUCUGUGGAAGGUGUUGAAGUCAAACUAUGGCAGGUUCCUGAGACGCUGCCAGAGGAGGUCCUUGGGAAGAUGAGUGCUCCACCAAAGAGUGAGGUUCCCAUCAUUCAAGCCAAUGACCUUGCUGAGGCCGAUGGAGUCCUCUUUGGCUUCCCUACUAGGUUCGGGAUGAUGGCUGCCCAAUUCAAAGCAUUUUUGGAUGCAACCGGAGGUUUAUGGAGGACACAGCAACUCGCUGGCAAGCCUGCAGGGAUUUUCUACAGCACUGGAUCUCAGGGUGGUGGACAAGAGACGACUCCGUUGACAGCUAUCACUCAGCUGGUUCAUCAUGGAAUGAUCUUUGUGCCCAUCGGUUACACAUUCGGCGCUGGAAUGUUUGAGAUGGAGAAUGUAAAAGGUGGUAGUCCAUAUGGUGCAGGAACUUUUGCCGGGGACGGAUCUAGACAGCCAACCCGGCUCGAACUGGAGCAGGCUUUCCACCAAGGGAAGUACUUCGCUGGCAUCGCGAAAAAGUUCAAGGGAUCUGCUUGAUUUCCAUACUCUACAAAACUUCUGUGCCCAUUUUAUACUUGCAAAAUUUUUCCUUUAAGAAUUUAAAGUGUCUAUUUCCCAGGAGUAAAAAAUAAAAUGGAGUUUAUCCGAUAUGUUUGAAUUCAUGGGCUCUGAAUGUGUUCUCUCCUGUGAAGUCUGAUUAAUACAUAUUAAAUUGUUUGUUUCUUGUCUAGUUGUCUGUCCUCAUUAUUUUUCAAGACAAUGUAUCUUGUAUAGCAAAUUCUGGACUACCUUGUAAUCAGCUUUGCUAAGUUGUUAAUGAUGAAAUUGAAUCUCUUUUGAGUUCCCAACAA